AUGAGUGUCAAGAAGAUUUCAACCUCGUACAUCAGCCAAGGCAAAAUUCAGCUUGGCGAGGUAAUCGGGAAGAUCCGCGUCGGUGACACAUGUCAGUUUCACAUGGUUGGAACCAUCGUUUGUUCCAAUACCGGUACUAGUAAUGAUAGUAAGCCACGCGGCUGGUGGUGCAUUCCCAAAUUCAAUGAUACUGAGUUUAUCGAUACUGGCCACGUAGGAAAGCAACUGACCAUGGAGAUUCGUGAAAACGGCGUCAAGACGUACGAUGGACUUUACCGUGGCCUCAACGACGCCAUGAAAGAUAUGAUCUUUGGAGAGGAAAGCACUUUCUUGAUUCCUUCUUGCUUGGCGUUUGGAUCUGAUGGACUCUCAAAGUGUAGUAUUGGGAGCCACCGUCCCAAAGACCACGAUGGUCGCAACCCUGCCGGUGUAUCUUUCCUUCAGAUUGAACCCGACAGUGAUUUGCAAGUCAAGAUUUUGGUUCAGGGCGUUGGUCGGAACGGAGAAUGGCACCGCCGUGCCAUGGUAAAUGGACCUGUCUCUGGCUGGGCCAUGUGA